GAUCAACAAUGAUGAAGAUACCUCGUAAAUUCCUGUCAUAUCUGCAGUUUCAAAAGGCUUUACGGUUUCUUCAGUUGCAAUCAAGAGAUGCUGGUGGAAAUAUAAAGCAGCUCAGAUGCGUAACAUCAGGUCCAGCAGCUAGUACAACAUCUUCUGACUUGAUUGAAGUCUUCGGGAAAUUCUACUGCCGAGAUGAUUAUACAAAUAUUACACCAAAAAUAUUGUCCAAAGUGGGGAAAAGUUUACAUAACCAAAGAAAUCAUCCUUUAUGGCUCAUUAAAGAACGCAUUAAGAAACAUUUUUAUACGCAGUAUUUGAAUCGUAAUAGAAAUCCAAUGUUUUCAGUGUAUGAUAACCUGUCUCCUGUGGUUACCACAGAGCAGAACUUUGACAGUUUGCUCAUACCAGUGGAUCACGCAAGCAGGAAGAAAGGAGAUAACUUUUACCUGAAUCAAACUAAUAUGCUCCGGGCUCAUACAUCUGCUCAUCAGCAUGAUCUUAUUCGUGCAGGCCUCAAUGCAUUUCUGGUAGUGGGCGAUGUCUAUCGGCGAGAUGAAAUUGACAGCAGCCACUAUCCAGUCUUCCAUCAAAUGGAAGGGGUCAGACUAUUUUCAAAACAUGAGUUGUUUGCUAAUGUUAAAAAUGGUGAAGAACUUUGCAUUUUUGAGAAGGGAUGCCGCACACCCUGUAAGCAAGAAAGACAUACACUCGAGGCUGUUAAACUACUUGAAUUUGACUUAAAGCAGACUCUAAAGAAAGUCAUGAUACACCUGUUUGGGAAAGGACUAGAAAUUAGAUGGGUGGAUUGCUAUUUCCCAUUUACGCAUCCUUCCUUUGAAAUGGAGAUCAAGUUCCAAGGAGAGUGGAUGGAGGUCCUUGGCUGUGGGGUCAUGGAGCAGCGGCUGGUAGACUCGGCCGGUGCUCAAGGCAAGAUUGGAUAUGCUUUUGGCCUGGGGUUGGAACGGCUGGCAAUGAUUUUGUAUGGAAUACCAGAUAUCCGCUUGUUUUGGAGUGAAGAUGAACGAUUCUCGAAGCAAUUCCAGGUUAUUGACAUCGACCAGAAAGUCACAUUCCAGCCCCUCAGCAAAUACCCACCAUUAGUAAAUGACAUCUCUUUUUGGAUUCCAAAAGAAGGAUAUGAAGAAAAUGAUUUCUACGAUUUGGUGCGAAAUAUUGGUGGUGACCUGGUGGAGAAGGUCAGCCUUAUUGACCAGUUUACACAUCCAAAAUGGAUGGAAAACUUUGACGUUACUCUGACUUGGACAUCCCUGGGCCAACCAACUUUAUGUGCGUUAUGACUCUUAGUGCCUUUCAAUGACUAAAAAAACCUCAAGAAAUACAUUACUGAAAAUUAUAUUCAAUACUUGAAUCUAUUCUGUCUAAAAGUAACUAUAUAGGGGAUAUCAGAAAGCUAUGAAUUAUGUUAAACGUUUGAAAUGUUGAAAUGAGAAUAGUGUGAGAUAAAGAAUCUUUAGGAGAGAGGAGUAUUAUGGAUCUGUGUACCAAUAUGCUAUGUGGUCAAGUGAUAUAUGUUCCUGCUCAUAGCUGACCGUUCCAACUAUUAACCACAUUCUCAAAUCAGAAACCAAGUGCUUUCCUAGUGACUGGGGAAGGGAAUUGCUUGGUGUGUGAACUUAAUGACCUUUCUCUAGGUAUUGUCAAGUUACUUAAAGAGGAAGGAAUUCCAUCCUGAGAAUCAAAACCCGGUUUUCAAUUAGAAAUUAAUACUGGUAUCCUCCCACAUCCCAGAUGGCCAAAGUGACUCCAAUGGUGAGUCAGUAGGCACUCCUCCUUUAUGCAAAAUAUAAAAUGGCGUCAUUCGGAAAUUUCUUCUGCUCAUUGCAAAUGUCAAUUUUAUCACAACACAUUGAGUCUGUUUGAAUGGUGACGACCUGGAAUUUGAUGCCUCGGUGGAUGAAGAAAGUGGAGAUGAGCAGUGAUAUCAAAAGGAAAUUAAACAAGCACUUGAGUGUAGUAAACGUGCAGGGUUAUGUGAAUAGAACAGUUGGAAUAGGAUUGCUGGAUUACUGUACAGAAAACUGGCAUUAACUCCAUGGAACAAAUAGCCUCUGUCAAAAACCUGAAGCUACAAAUGGUUACUAUCCUUAACCACUAUUGAAUCCACUGAGCACUUAGAAGUUCUUUGCAAAUUCAGAGCUACUAUAUAUAUAUAAAUUUAGAAUUUUUUUAGUGAUGAAUAUCAUCAAGCAGUAUUAAAAAGUAUUGAACUGUGGAGCUGUGUUUUCUAAAUAUCCCCAUCCCAUUGUCAUGGCAGUCACAUGACAUGCUUGUGAGGCAGAUGACCCAGCUACUAGGUUGGAAGAAAGAAUUCAGUAGCUCAUUCAGUAAAGACCCUAUGGAUUUUAGGGAUGAGCAGGGGAGCAAGAGGGCCUGUAAGAUGGUGAUAGAAGGUAGGGGUAAACUGCCUAUUGCCCUCUGGCUGCUCUGGCAUGUUACCAUUGAAAGGUAAAGUACAAGGUGGCUCUCCUGUCCAAGGCCAAUUAUGCUACUUAAUUGAACAGUUAAGGAUAACAUUCUACUGCCACUGGUAUUCUUCCUGCACUGAGUGAACUGUUUGCCACCUGGGGUGACUACAUAGGCAGAUUGCCAAGUGAGUCCCAACAGCCUCUCUGCAGGUCCUGAGUGGCAUUCCUCCUAUCUGGGACUCUGUGACUCAUGAAUGGGAACACAGGAACAUUGGCACUGAUGACUACACAAAGGAACAUCCCUUUUCCGAUUCUUACCAAAACCACUUGCCCUUCAUUUGGGCCUGGCUGAUUGGUUUCAGUGAUGCCCAACCUUGUGGUGAAGGUGGCGUAUCUUACUGCAUCCUCUCCUCAGGAUGGGCACCAUUCCUGGUGGUGCUGCUGCUGCUGAGACUGAAGAGACCUCUAAUUGGCUGGCAGCUCUUAGAGGAUGCGAACUAUAGGGUGACUAUUAAGCUGUUGGAUAGACCUAAACGUAGCCUGGUAUCCCCUAAACAGAGUUUCUCCCAGCUGUUCAGCCUGUUGUUACAGCUGUUGCUGUCCCAACAAAGCUUAGCUCUCUAGCUGAAUGGUCAUAUCAAUCCCAGGCCAAUAGACAUAACAUCAACUAUGUCGAGUGCUGUAUGAACCUCCAUUAUUUUCUUUGAGCAAACUGUGAAAAUAGCCUUGAACCACCAAUCCCAAGACAUAAUGUGCAAUUUGUGAAUGGCUAGUAGCUAUGCAAUGUCGGAGUACAUGGAUCCGAUGGCUUGAAAAUGGCUUUAAAGUGUCUUCUUCCUCCCACCAUCUUGCAAUGACAAUUGAGAGAUUCUAAUUAUUUGGUAACAGAGCUUUACCCUGAAAAGAUGGAAACUGUAUGUAUUGGCAAUGAUAAAAUUGGGAAUUUUUAUACUUUAAAUCUAAGUGCUUCCAGCUAACGCUAUAUCUUGCUUAACUAGGCAAGUAUGCUGAAAAGCGAUUAUGUACACUUCCCUUCACCUUUAGGUCUGAUUAAUUGCUGUCUAAGAUCACUAAGUGAAACCAGGCCAACAAGUUGACACCAUAUUAUGUCAUUUAAAAACGAAUCAAAUACCACUCAGAACAUUGCUUUGAGAAAGCCUUCAAUACUCCAAAGAGAAUAAAUGAAUGUUGUUUGUGUUGCAAGAUGGUAACACACUUGAGGGGCUCUAAUGAUGUUACAAAACUCAAAAUCAAAGGUUGAACAUUUCACAUGGUCAUCGAACCAUGAUGGCAUGACAGACUGAAUUCAUUUUUCAGAGCGCACAUUUCUUGAAUUGCUGUUUAAUUGUAGUAUUUCAUAUCUGCUUCAUGUAGCUCCACCUUUUGUGACAGGAAAAUCUAUAAUACUCUGACAAUAUUAUGGUGCUGUACCACUUGAAUAAUACAGUCCACUGACAGAAAGAACAGGUUGCACUGAGAAAAGUGGUUUACAUUAUAGCAAAGCUGCAGUUACUGGCCUUCAUGCUGCUGUUUCUUUGAGUGCCUUAAUUCAUUUAGACGCUUGACCUGCUUGGAACAAAUUUGGAACAAAUGUUACACUAAAUUAUAAGUACUUAGUUUGCUGAAUGUACUGUCGUCAUAACUUCCUGAUUUAUACAGUUUAUUUCUGACUCAGCAAUGAUUAGUUCUGCAUCGUGUAAUUCAAUGUAUGAUCUUAUUCUUUAGUCUUCUUUGGUGAAAUAUAAAAUUCAUUUUGGGAUAUAUGCAGUACAAAAAAUGUUCUCUCUUAGACUGCCUUCCAAAUUACUUCUUCAGAAUAGUGACCUAGAAACCAACCAGCUCGCUAAUAACUAUGAAUAGCCUACAAUUUACUGUAAAUAAAAAUGUUGUCUCCAUGGUAGUAAUGCCAACCCUGUUACAUUGCCAACCACAGGAGGUUUUAAAUGAUGUUGACAGGUAGCAGCAGGACAAAUAAAAGGCUGGAUUGUC